AUGGGACAACACCAAACAAAUGAAUUUAGCAAUAAUGACGACAAGUCACUCACAUUUAAUAUCAACAGAGACUACAUGUCAACCUCAUCGGAGGAGUUAGGAAUUAAUGCAGGCUCCAAAAUUAAAAAUUAUGGAAGCAAUAAUGGUUCAUCCUCUUCCCACUAUCAAUAUAUUUACGCUGGAAAUGUAAGAGAAUUGCGAGAAUAUAUUCCUUCUCGCUCUCCCAAAUUAGGAACUUCUCCCAUCUUGGCAAAGAAGAGCUCUUUCAAUUCACCCACGCUUCAAGAAUCAAGCUCAGAAAUUUGGAAGCGGAGUCACUUGUGUAAAUUAUGCGAGCACAUGUCACCAAUUGUUUUUUGUAUUGAGCAUUGGAUAAACGCAGAAAUGGACACCGUAACAGGACUGUGUAUUAGAUAUAAUAUUGAUGACAAGUCACAGUUAACCUCUCUUAACGAUCUAAGCAUUGACGAUGAAAGUUUAGGACACGUUUUGAGUGUAUUCAUACCCAUUCAUGAAAACAAUAUUUUGUCCAUCCAGUCUGUCGAACAAUCCCUUUCUCCAAAAAUGGAGAAGAAGAGGAAAAAGAAGAAAAAUCAUUCGCCAGAGAAUGAGCAUGAUUUGCUGAAUUCACCUCCUUCAUCACCUCACCCCAAGAACAGCUCAAGAACGGAACCAAAAGCCAAGUUUGAGAUGUCUGUUUCCAUUUUUGAAGAUAAGAGCAUCUCGCUUACUACCACCCAUUUGCUGUUGAAGGACUUUUUCUUCCACUCCAAAAACAUGAAACUCAAUAGCUCAUGCUCUGAAGGAACCGAACUUCAUAGUUGUAUUGAUUUUAAAGCAAUAGACUACAACCAUAUAUCAGUGAUUUCGCGAGUGACAUCUGUCAAAGCUCUGGCUGCUCUUGCAUCGGGUCACAAUAUUUGUAUUUCAAAAGAAGUUUUCAGCUUGGUUUGCGAGAAGAGUGACUCUACACGUUUGGAUAAUUUGUUCUUGAUUCAGUACAAAGAUCCUAAGGAAAUUGGAGACGUCAUCUCUCACAACCCUGAACGUAUUGGAGUCAUGAAUAGUGCCAAGCUUGAAAACAACAUGCUCAAGCAUCUCUUGUCACGACAAAUGGCUAUUUUGAUUGUGUUAAGCCCAGACACCAAAGAAGAUUUUAUAGAAAUCAUUAGAGAAUACGUAGAAAUUAAGGAAUAA